UAGUAGUAGUAUUAUUAAUCAAAGAGGUACUUCAGAUCUUUCAGUGUGUUUGUUUGAUAAGAUACUAGGUUUUUGAACAACUUCAUCUCGGGAACUCUGAUCAAAUUAAAAACAGUGAAAGUUGAUGCAGGCAGUUUAUUUGGUUAUAUUUGCGUCAUUAAUUCUGAAGACCAAAUGCAGGAGACACUGGCUUGUUACAAAGGGCUGGAUGUCUAAAGAAUGACAAAAAUAAUCAUAAUCUUUUUACAUUUCAUACUGAUGACGUGUUCUUCUCAUUUACAUAAAUCUGUGUUUUUGUUGCAGCCAAAAUUAGUGGAAUAUUCUGCUUGAAUAGCCACAACAUAGAAAUUAAGAUGACAAAGUAUAUACUAGAAAUGUAUGGAACGGCUGAUUGGUCAAACCUAAGCUGUUUUCCUAUAAACUGAGGUUGUUCAAGUAAUACCCGUAUCAGAAGACGUGACCAGUCUACAUGUCCAUGUAGUAAUGUUUGUAGUAUUUAAGCAGAAUGAAUCAAUCAACACCGUGUCACGUGACCCCGUGCGCUCAUAAGCACUUAGCAACAGGUGAUGCACUCAGUUUGACAGAGAAAAGGCAGCUAUGAAAGUCACAUGCUCAGUACAUUCUGGACAACACACUUGUAUAAUUAAAGAUCUCCUCCUUAUGCUCAUCCUCCAGGUGGGCCUACAGGGAGUGAAGGGGGUUUGGCCAUUAUCACAGACUUUCAUCACCUCCUCGGUGCGAUACCAGCUGAACCCACACUUUUAAAAUUUCGGUUAUCAAAGACAAUCAGCCGCACAGGAGGGCUGCUCUGUCCUGGAUGCUGCAUUCAUAAGAUACCAUCGUCUCAUAUUCCCUGACCACACUGCUGUUAAUAAACUGGGAUUUGGUGACGGUGAGCUGUUUACUGUUGAAAUCAGCGUUGACCAUCAGGACUGUGAGGGUUACCCUCAAGAGGAUUCAUCUGAGAGAUACAAUCUGAGUGUCUCUGCUGGACAUGCUUCUGUAAAUGCUGAAAGUGUGUGGGGUGUUCUGAGAGGUCUGGAAACCUUUAGUCAGUUGGUAUAUCAGGAUGACUUUGGCACACACUUUGUUAACAGAACAGACAUUGAAGAUUCCACUCAGUUUCAGUACAGAGGACUUUUACUGGACACUUCACGUCACUAUUUACCCGUGCCAGUCAUUUUAAAAACUCUGGAUGCAAUGGCCUACAGUAAGUUUAACGUGUUUCACUGGCACAUUGUGGAUGACCCCUCCUUUCCUUACCAGAGUCGAACAUUUCCAAACCUUUCCAAUAAGGGGGCUUUCCAUCCAGUGAGUCACGUCUACACUCAGUCAGAUGUCAAGAGGGUGAUCUCAUAUGCCAGGAUGCGGGGAAUAAGGGUCCUUCCGGAGUUUGAUUCACCGGGACACACAAAUUUUUGGGGAAGAGGUAAAAUUACAAGACACAGUGAGAAUCUGACGUUGACUCCCUGCUACAAAAGAGAUCCAUCAGGCACCUUUGGACCCGUUAAUCCAGCAUUGCCCUCCACCUACCAGUUCAUGGCAUCACUGUUUAAGGAAGUGGCAUCUGUGUUUCCUGACUCCUAUAUUCAUCUAGGAUGAGAUGAGGUGGACUUUUCUUGCUGGAAAUCAAAUCCUCACAUUCGAGCCUUUAUGCAGAAGGUGGGAUUUGGUGUGGACUUACCCAAACUGGAUGCAUUCUACAUGGAGAGAAUUGUAAACAUCACAUCAGCUCUCAACAAGACGUCCAUUGUGUGGCAGGAUGUUUUUGACUACCGUGAACGACUCAGGACUUCCUCAGUGGUGGAGGUCUGGAAACACGGCUGUUACCUGUGUGAAGUACGCAGACUAACUAAAGCAGAACUCAGGGUGAUUCUGGCCACCCCAUGGUACCUGGACCAGCCGGGACCCACACACAACUGGGCUCGCUAUUAGUUGUGGCCCCUUGUCUUCAAGGGAACAGAGGAACAGAAGAAGCUGGUCACGGGGUGGGGGGUCAACUUAUGGGGGGAAUAUGUAGAUGCCUCCAAUCUGGCCCCACGUCUCUGGCCGAGAGCAAGUGCUGCUGCAGAGCGACUGUAGAGCGAUGAGAGGCAGACCUCCAGCGUGGAAAGAGCAUUUCCUCGACUACAGGAUUUUCGGUGCAAGCUCCUGAGGUACAUUAAACACUGAGAGCUAACCUACUUUACAGACACUGUUUUCUUUGUUAUGAUGUAUGUGUGUUUUCCUCUUACU